ACACGGGACUGAGCACUUUUGCUGAUUUGCAAACAGAUUUGACGUGUUUUGGUUUUUGUUUAAUCGCAAACCGCUUUAAAAAGUAUUUGGUUUUGCCACCGGAUCGAAUGAAGACACUGGGAAUACUUUUUUGUUCUACACUGCUCAUGUUUGACGCUCGUGUAUUUUCAUGUAUUUGUAUCAACUGGAAUACAACCUGGGAUUAAAAUUGUACAAUGUCCACUGUGCCGCGUUAAAUCUAAUAGGAUGAUCAAAAGUCAAGAACAAGAUGAAUUUAUUGCUGUGAGGGUUCAGGAUCCUCGGCUUCAGAAUGAAGGGUCUUGGAACUCAUAUGUGGACUUCAAAAUUUUCCUUCAUACAAACAGCAAAGCGUUCACUGCGAAAACAUCCUGUGUGAGGCGGCGAUACAGCGAGUUCGUGUGGUUGAAGAAAAAACUCCAAAAGAACGCUGGUCUUGUACCUGUUCCCGAUCUGCCCAAAAAAUCCUUCUUUUCAUUUAUAAAUGAUGACUUCAUUGAAAGGAGAAGAAAAGGUCUACAGAGCUUCCUGGACAAGCUUCUGCACAUGACAGUAUGCCUGUCCGACAGCCAACUCCAUCUCUUCCUGCAGACUCAGCUUCCUAUCAAGCACAUUGAGGAUUGUGUGCAAGGCCACACCCCCUACACUGUGACCGAGGCCAUUCUGACUUAUGCUACCUCCAACCGCGGAUGGGCACAGGAGGAGGGGGUCGGGGUGCAAGAGUUAUGGACAGCCCCUGUUACAUAUGAAUCCACUGAGAGCCCAGCUCCUCACCUACCCACGUCCAGUAGAUUUGAGCCUCCAAGAGAAGUUACAGAUGCUUCAGAUCUAGAAACAGUGCUGAUACUGAGUGAAACAGAACAGGCUGGAUCUGGUUUAAAGGAGGAAAGUGACCCUGAACACAUGAUUCAAGAGAAAGAAAGCACCAUUAAUCUAGUGGUUGAUGCUGAAAGUGGUAAAUCCAAAAAGACACAAAGGCUUGAUGGGAAAGAUCUACAAAGGGAUGGACAUGAAUACCAUGUCCCACAGACUGAUGAACCGCGAGGAGAUCUAUAUUGUCUAGAUAAAGCAGAACGAGAAAUAUAUGCUGGCAGUGACAUUGAAAGAAGGACCCUUGAUGGUACCAGCGAAGAAAAAAAGGGCCAUCAAAAAGUCGCCCUAGAGCAGUGUGACCGCAUAGGAAAAGAUCUUGUUAAAGCCGAAGAUCAAACUUCUGAAGAUGUUGCACUUGAUGGAACCUAUGUUUCUGAGGAGAACAUCCCAGAUGCUAAACACCAAGAACAUAGUGAGGCUGAGAUAACCGAGGAGAGUGAAAUCAGUGAUGAAGAGAAAGUGAAUGAAACCAGUCGCACACAUUCAGAGAUCAACGAAACACGUCUUUCACACUCAGAGUGCAGUGAAGAUGAUAUCGGUGAGGUGAACGAGAUCAAUGCCAAAUCUGUUCACGCAGGCAGUGCCGUUUUGAUACUUGAGGGAAUUGAGGAAGCGCUGGUCACGGAGACUGUGCAAAAUGUCGACACGUAUGAUGACAGAAACCUCGAUGCAAAUACUGCUGAUGUCAGCACACUUGUUUUACAAGCCAUAGAGGUCGCUUCAGUGCAAUGUCAGGAAAAGGAUUGUCAUAUGAUAAUCUCUUCCCAACAACCCGACGCAAAAUAAUUCCAAAUAGCAAGUAUUUGGAGACACUGUAAACUCAAAAUAUUGACUAACAUAGAGCUGGAGGGAACACAUCUUCACAUGUUUUCACAUUGAUUGACUGUUGACAUGUUUGUUUAUUCGACUGUUUACAGAAGAUACACUGAAUGACAGACAGGCUGUAGUUUUCUAUUAUAAUGUGAAUGAGAAGGUAGCAAAGAUAAUGCACUGUGCCAUACGGAGUGGUGCAACAAAUACUUAAAGGGACAGUUCACCCAAAAAUGAAAAUUUUGUCAUGAGCUACUGUCUCUCUAGUUGAUUCAGGUUGAACACAGACAACGAUAUUUGGACGAAUGCUUGUAACCAAACAGUUCUUGGACCCCACUGACUACCAUAGUAAACAAAAUUACAAUGGAAGUCAAAAGUGCCCCAGAACUGUUUGCUGUCCUACAUUCUUCAAAAUAUCGUAUAUUGUGUUCAACAGGAAGUUAUUUUCCAAGAACUGUUUGGUUACAAGCAUUCUUCCAAAUAUCUUUCUCUGUGUUCAUCAGAACAAAGAAAUGUAUACAGAUUUGGAACUAUUCGAAGGUGAGUAAAUGAUGACAGAAUUUUUAUUUUUGGGUGAACUAUCCCUUCGAGACCAAUAUAGGUUGGGAGGGAACUGUGUAAAGGGCGAUGUGCAUCACCAUGGAAACCUGAUUACAUUUAUAUUAUUGUGUCGUAUGAUUUUAGCAACUUUACUGUCAAGCACGUGUUCCCCAAAGAGAUGUGCUGAAAUGUGGUGAGGUGUAUGUUUUUGCAUGUUCAAAUUCCAGUUGUAGCUGACUAGGCACUUCCCUUUUUUUUAAGUAAAACAUGUCACUCUUUUGGAACUUUGGGUUAUUGACAUUAUUAACCUUUUAGAACCAGUGUGGUUUUCAAAUUGAUGCCGGAUAUUUUUUGAAUUUACAGUAACAGCUAGUUGCUUCAUUUGUGGACAAAACACUAAUUUUAAUAGAUUCAUUUUUUUCUGAGCUAUGAAAUGAAUGUUGCACUAAGUCUGAGUGUUGUUGCUCACUGACUGCCCAUCUAUUUAUAUUCUGUUGUGAUAUUGUAUAACAUUGGCUGCUACUAACACUCCUACAGAAUCGUAAACUUUUACUCAUAAGGGACUUGCUUGAAAAUGAACAGAAAAGGGAACUGCUUUAUGUGCUUUAAAUACUUCUGUUUAUAUAUCUUUAAGUUUUAAAAUGUUUAUUUUUUUGUUUUUUCAAAUCAGAAGAGAAAGAAGAUUAUGAACGCACAAUAAUAUUGCAAUUUCAAAGCACCCAAUGUAGAAGUUUGUUUUUAUUUCAAACAAUAUGAAUCCUUGUUUUAUUAAUACUUGGUUGUAAAGAGUAGAGGAAAUGAAAUGAAUAUUUUAAUUGGAUCCAGAAACAUGUUUCUCAGUUAUGUACCUUUAUUUUAAAGGGCCACAUCUGUUUGCCUGGACUACAUGGCACUGUUUGUAUGUCUGUGUGGAUUUUUCAGUGUGCUUACUAACAACAAUGAAAUAAAGAAAGAGAAACAGAAUGAGAAAUAUAUUUU